AUUCACCUAACGUGCGAAAUUUGUAUUGUGCCGUGCAUAUUAUGAUUCUUCGCCGAUGAAGAUGGCAAACGUAAACGUGCAUUGACGAUCGUGAAAAGUGAUGGUUACUAUCUUCUGAGAAGCCUGCAAGUUUCUUGAUUUCAAGGCUUCUUCACGCAUUAACCAUGGAUGAUUCGGAUCCAAAAAGGGGUAUGCCGGUUCUCACGGAUCCCUGGAUGAAGGCCCACACCCCGACGACGGAUCCCACGCCAACGAAGGAGCGGAGCAAACGACGCUCUUGGUUCUGCGGGCAGGGCACGCCGAUGAAGUCGGCAUCCGAUGCGACAACGCGUCUCGAGGAGCACAGGGAAGAGGAGAUCCCGACCCUGCAGAUCACCCACUUUACAAAGAAGGUGAUGCUUUCCUAUGACAAUGUAAGACUCGGAAGCACCAAAGAACUGACCCUGAGGCUCGAGAACCCCCAUGACUUUCCCCAAGAUGUGGAGCUGGAGAAAUUUCCAUUUCAAAAGGGGUUUUCACUUCCAGAGACUGCGUGGGAGAUCGAAGGCAACCAGUCAAUAGACAUUCCUGUUUCAUGGACUCCCAGUGACGAGAAAAAUGUCAGAGAGCUUGUCACUUUCAAGUGUGAGGGCGCUUUUCGCCUUCAGCUGAUUAUUCUUGGGACAGUCAAGGUCCCUAAGAAAAAGAAAAAUAUUAAUAGGAGAUCCACUUUCACUGCGCGUAAAGGCCAAGCUGUCCAGACGAGACGGAGCGUGGCCGUCACCAAUUCGCGUCGUGAAACAUUUGUGCAAAAGAAGUCGCCCAGAUCCCAACCGUAUCCUGACGUGGGGAAGGAAAACAAGAUGAGGGUGGUUGGAAAGGAAGCUGACACCCCUGGAACAAAGAAAGCUCGUGCCAGGUCAGUUGGGACAGUCCUGGAGAGGAUCCUGACGCCCCGGAAGACACUGCCCCAGGGUGAGACGGAAAGAGUCAUGGUCGGAGACAAGGUAUGCACCUUCAGUCCUCAGCUCACAGCAAAGGCCAUGAUGGAGAUUACAGGAGAAUCACCUUUUGCUGAUGGGAAGAUGCAGACGGAACCGCGGAAGGAGAUGCUGGUACUUUGUGAUGGCAUGUCUCCACUUCUGAAGUCAACAGGCAACCAGGACCUGCGCAAGGCUGCCCUUGAGAAGGAAGCAGGACCUCUGCGGAGGUUGUCCAAAGAGCAGACUUUGACGGUGACCAAAAGCUCCUCUCCUGCAUCCAGAUUGGAUGAUGACGAGAAUGGUCUGCAACCGCAUCACCUGGCCUUUCUGAUGCCCAAUGAAGCAGAGAUCAGCAAGAUCAUGGCCACUCCUGCGUCAUCAGUAUUUGAGCCACUUGCGGACACUGUAGGUGCACGGUUGUCAUCUACAAGGAUCGAUGACAGUGUCAACCCUGCUUCUGCUCCUUUUUUCUUGACCGAUUAUGAUCAGCCUGAGAAUAGUAUUGAGGAUGACUCUCUGGAAGAGGUGAAACAAACCAAUGAGGUCUUUGAUGAUGUUGAAAAAGGACAAAAGGAUAAAACAGAGCUUCCUGAUGAUGUUCAAGACAUUGAUAAUGAGGAUGGAGUACAAAUGAGUGAACCGUCAAAGCAAAAUGGAGAAGAAUUUGUCUGCAAAGACACACAACCUGAGGAAUGUACUGAAUCCUUUGAUGUAGUGUUAGAUUCUGAGUGCGAGCCUUUGCAGUCCAUGGACCCUUCUGGUACAGCGGAUGAUCCAGAGGAAUAUGUUAAAUCUGAUGAAAUUCCUGAGCCAUCAGCAGAAAGAGAGCCCUGUGUAAUUCUUGAGGAAAAGGAGGAAAAUCUGGUUCCAUCACCUGUACCCAAGUCUACGCAAAAGGGGCAGUCUUGGCGCAUUUCGCUCGGUGGUGGAUCCAAAGCUUCCACAUCACCUAAAGGCACUGCCAAUGUCCAGAAACCAAGGUCCAAGCAGGAAGGAGCUUCAUGGAGGGUUUCUCUGGGAAGCAGCAAGCGAAGUCCCGGUGCGAGGCCCGCAGCUAAAAAAAGACCCAUCAGCAGACCUUCCUCAAGAACCACCACAUCUGCUCCAUCAUCAAAGCAAGCACCGUCUCUCAAAGCCAAAGAAGACUUCACCAUCCACAAGAGCACUGUCACUGGACGUCUCAAUCGCAAGAGACUCAGUGAUCCUAUCUCAGAUAUGGCCGAGCCAAAGAAGAGUCGUCCAUCACCAGAGCACAAGAAGUCUGCCAAAGAGACCCUGAGGUCAAAGAAUGCAAGCAUUGACAAGAGUGGGACAAGUCUUUCAUCUUCAAGACAAUUCAAUCGGACAGUUGCCUUGAGAAAGGCAGCGGCCACUGGCAAGGCCAUGCCAGCCAAGGCCCCUGCUUCGUUCAAGCCAAAGGCCAAGCCAAAGGCACCAAGGGCUGUCAAAGGAGUACCGAUGGCCAAGCUGCAGUUGAUCAAGCCCACAAGAUCAGCCUUGCCGCGUCACCCACUCCCGUUCGCAGCAAAGAACAUCUUCUACGAUGAGCGAUGGAUGGAGAAGCAGGACAGAGCCUUCACCUGUUGGUUGAACUAUGUCCUCACGCCAGACAUUGAUACUCCAAAGGAUCCCAACAAGAAUGUCAAAAUCGACGCCCACCUCCUCUGCCUGGAAGGCGCCAGCAAGGUUGGCCCUGCCCCUUCCCGGGAGGACAUAUCCCUCCGGGCCUACACCGCCAAACGUCGCCUGAACCGUCUCCGUCGCGGGGCGUGCAUCGUCUUCCAGAGUGAACCGGUUAUUAGGGUCAUGAUGAAGGUUGAAGCGGAGGUUGAGAAGGGACGUAUCGUCAUCCGCGAAGAUAAGAUGCUUCAUGCUGAUCUUGGUAUAAAGCAGGAGCUUUUGAAUCUCAUCCUCUGUUACAAUCCUCUUUGGUUGCGAAUUGGAUUAGAGACCAUCUAUGGAGAGCUUCUGCCCAUUCAGGACAACAGUGAUGUCUACGGUAUGUCACGCUUUGUUGUCACUCGUCUCCUUGGCAACCCGGACAUUGCCGCCAUUCACGCCCAUCCAACAGUGCCAAACCUGUUUGGACCAGGUUACCAGGCUGCCCUGGCCCAGUUUACACUGAAGAAGUUCUUGAUGUUGGUGUUCUUCCUAGACCGUGCCAAGCUCACCAGGCUCAUAGAUCACGACCCCUGUCUCUUUUGCAAAGAUGCUCAGGUCAAGUCAAGUCGAGACCUUCUCCUCGAGUUCUCUCGUCGUUACUUGAAGGGAGAGGGCGACAUCACACGUCAUCUCAGCUUCCUCGGAUAUUCCGUUACGCACGUUCAACGGCCACUAGAUGAGUUUGACUUCGCUGUCAACAAGCUCUCCGUUGAUCUCCGGUGUGGCGUCAGACUUGCACGUGUGGUAGAGCUACUAACCCAGAACUGGGCCCUGUCGAAGGAGCUUCGUGUACCAGCCAUCAGCCGGCUUCAGAAAGUUCAUAACGUAGAGGUCGCAUUCAAGAUGCUCAAGGAUAGAGGCAUUGAUGUCGAAGGUGGUGGACUGAAUGAGAGAGUAAUUGUAGAUGGCCAUCGAGAGAAGACUCUGGAACUACUCUGGAGAAUCAUCUUUCAUUACCAGGUUGGAGUAAUGAUCAAUGAGGAGCAGAUCCGAGAAGAGAUCGCCUUCCUCACCAAACAUCGCAAGCUGAAGGAGAAGAUGAGCGCCCUCAAGGGCUUGAACCAAGGACCUUCCCAACCAAGCCUUGACGGACCACACCUCUACUUCAAGAGCCCACAGCUUAUGCUCCUCAUGGACUGGUGUAAAGCAGUCUGCUCAUUCUAUGAUAUGCAGAUUGAGAACUUCACUGUGUCAUUCUGCGAUGGCCGAGCCCUGUGUCUUCUGAUCCACCACUACCACCCAUCCUUGCUUCCCUACGAGAGGAUCAACCAGAACACCACUCUCAUGCAGUUCCAGAGGGAGGAGAGAGAAGAUGAUCUCAACGCCUCCUGCGACGAGGCCUUCAACGGAACCUGGUCCCAGACCUUCUCACCAAGUACUGGCAAGGAAACCGACCAGGAAAAGCUCCUUGCCAACGAGCGCCAGAACUUCAAGCUCCUGUACGAGACGGUCAACGAGCUUGGCGGGGUCCCGAUGAUGGUGCGAUCGGCGGACAUGUCCAACACCAUCCCUGACGAGAAGGUAGUGAUCACCUACGUCUCCUACCUCUGCGCUCGUCUGCUGGAUCUCAGGCAAGAGACGAGGGCAGCGCGCACCAUCCAGCUGGCUUGGAGAGCUCAUCAUCUGAGGAAGGAAGAGAAGAUGAGGAUGGUCAGAGAGAAAGCUGCAAGCAAGAUCCAGUCGACCGUGAGGUCUUUCCUCUUGAAGCGCCGUGAGGAGCGUAUUGGUGGCGCUGUGCUCAAGAUCCAGACAGCUAUCAGAGGUUUCCUAGCCAGGCAGACGGCCAGGAGGUUACGACGAGAGGCAGCCAUCAGGAAACAGGCCCAAGCUGCCAAUUUGAUACAGGCUGCAGCUAAAGGUUUCUUGGUAAGACGGGCCAUCUCCCGGCAGCACCGCGCUGCCACCAUCAUCCAAUCAGCCCUCAGGGGGCAUCUGAUCAGGACGAGGGUCGCUAGGAUGCAACGAGCCGUGUUGACGAUCCAAGGCUGGUAUCGGUCACGGCAAGAAACAAGGAAUGCCAGGAAGAGAUUCGUAGAGCUAAGAAUGGCAUCAGUCAGAGCUCAGGCCAUCUGGAGAGGAAUUCUGGUCCGUAGAUUGGUUGAGAAAAUGAAGGCAGCAAUCUCUAUCCAGGCGGUCUGGAGAGGCUUCUACUUGAGACGGUUGUAUCAGAAGCAGCGAGCUGCUGCUAUCAUCCUUCAAAGCCAUUUCAGGAGACAUCGUGCCAUGGAAGACUUCAGGAAGCUUAGAGCAGCUGUCAUCAAGAUGCAGGCUCUGUAUAGAUCCAAGGUCAAGGGCGAAGUACAAAGGGCCAAGUACUGUGCCUUGAGGGAUGCCGUGAUUGUCAUGCAGAAGGUCUACAGAGGACGGUUGGUGAGGAGAGAUGUGCUCAGAAUCAGAAGUGCGGUGAAGAUCCAGGCUGCAUUCAGAGGUCAUAUACAGAGGGCGGUGUACAUGAGGUUGAGGAACAAUGCUGUUCUUAUCCAGGCCCAUGUCAAAGGGGUCCAGGCCAGGAGGAGAUUCACCAAGCUUCGACAGGCCACAAUUGUCUUGCAGACUCGCUACCGUGCUGUCCUGAAUGGUCAUGAGGUUUGCAGAGAGUACAACAUUCAACGUGGUGCAGCCAUCACCAUCCAGUCGGCAGUGCGCAGUUACCAGCAGAGACAGCGCUUCCUCAAAAUCAAACACAGCAUCGUCCUUGUGCAAUCUGCUGUUAGGAGGUAUUUGUGUCUGAAGAACUAUAGACAGCUUUUCCAGGCAGCUGUUGUCAUGCAGAAAAGAUAUCGAGCAGUGUUGGCUGGCCGACAGGUUUGCAGAGAGUACAAUAUCAAAAGAGGGGCAGCAAUCACUAUCCAGUCAGCAAUACGUUGCUACAAAGAGAGACGGCGUUUCCUCAAAACCAGACACAGCAUCGUCAUUUUGCAGUCCGCUGUUAGAGGAUAUCUAGCUCUAAAGAACUACAGGCAGCUUCGUCAGGCAGCUAUUCUCGUGCAGAAAAGAUAUCGAGCAGUGUUGCUUGGCCGAGAGGUUUGCAGAGGGUAUAAUAUCAAAAGAGGGGCAGCAAUCACCAUUCAAUCUGCAGUACGUUGCUACCAAGAGAGGCAACGCUUCAUCCAAAUCAAAAGCAGAAUUGUCAUUUUGCAAUCUGCUGUUAGGAGAUAUCUAGCUUUGAAGAAUUAUAGAGAGCUUUGUCAAGCUGCCAGAGUCAUGCAGACGAGAUAUCGAGCAGUGUUACUUGGACGGACAUUGCGGAGAGAGUACUGCAUUGCUAAGGGUGCAGCCAUCACCUUACAGGCUAUUUGGAAAGGAAACCUUGUGAGGAGAGAGUUCUUGAGAAUGAAAUCAGCAGCCAUCAAGCUUCAAUCUGCAGUCAGGUGCCACUUUGCCAGGCAGAGGUACGUCAAGUUGCAGGAAGCAACCCUUAUCCUGCAGAGGCGGUUCCGAGAUGCGCUACAGACAAAACAGGCUGUCCUGGACUUCUGUAUUGCCCGUGGUGCCAUUAUCACACUACAAGCAGCCUUCCGGGGAUAUCUCCAAAAGAAGGAUUACCAGCGAACAAGAGCUGCAGUCAUCACCCUGCAAGCCUCUACAAGAUGUUACCUGGUGCGUAAGGAAUUCUGUGAAAAGAAGUCUGCUACAAUUGUUCUCCAAAGGCAUUUCCGUGCUCUUGUUUCUGGGCGCGAACAGCAGGCAAACUAUCGCUGUCAGAGAGCAGCUGCUAUUACUCUGCAAGCCAGCUACAGGUGCCAUGUCCAGAGGGAUUGGUAUCUCAAGCAGAGAUCAUCAGCCAUUUGUAUCCAAGCUGAACUUCGUAAGAUGCUGGCUAAAAAGCGAUACCUUCAACUCAGAGAUGCAGCCAUCGUCCUACAGACUCGAUACCGUGCACGCAUUCUAAUGCAACAGAUCACCCAAGAUUACAACAUGAAGCGCAGUUCGGCGAUUUGUCUACAGUCUGUGUACCGGGGACAUCUCCAUCGCAAAAAUUUCCUCCAUCAGAAAUCAUCUGCCAUGGUUAUUCAAGCAAGGGUACGUGGAUAUCUUCAACAUCGCAGAUAUAUGAGGGUGCAAUGGGCAGUCCGUAUCUUACAGGAGCGUUGUAGGGCUUGGAUGACAGGAAGGGCCUGUGCUGAGGAGUACUAUCUUGCCCGAGGAAGGAUUAUAACCAUCCAAGCAUUGUACAGGGGAUACACUGCCCGAAAAAUAUUGAAGGCUCAGAAUACAGCUGCAACUACCAUUCAGGCAAGCUUUAGGAGCUACGCAGCCAGGAAGACAUACACAAGCAUAAUACAUGCAGUCAGAGUUCUUGAGACUAGAAUUAGAGCGCAGAUCCUUGCGAGGGAAGCAAGGGAGACAUUCUUGAAGACCAAAGCUGGUGUCAUCGCCAUGCAGUCACUUUAUAGAGGCUUUGCAGUGAGGAAAGAGCUUGCACAACAGCAUCGGGCCGCCACUGUAAUACAGUCAUUCUAUAGAUGCUUUAUUGAAAGAUCUUGGUACUUGCAGCUCCGGAAAGCAGCACUUGUACUUCAGACCCGUUAUAGAAGCCUUCAACUUGGUAGGGCAGUUUGCGAGGAAUUCAAUAUCAAACGAGGAGCAGCUAUUACUAUUCAAGCUGCAUAUCGUGGUUAUUGUCAAAGACGAGUCUUUUCCAGACAAAGACAGGCAGCCAUCGUCAUCCAGGCUGCUGUGAGAGCUCACCAGGAACGUAGGUUGUACGUUUCUCUCCGUAAUGCUGCAGUGGUUGUUCAGAAGCACUUCCGUGCCCUGAUGUUGAGCAAGAGGAUAAACAUGGAGUACAACAUAAUGAGAGGAGCAGCUAUUACUCUUCAGGCCGCUUAUCGCGGACACCUUCAACGUAAGUCUCUUGCCAGGCAACAUUUAGCUGCCACCCGGAUCCAAUCCAAGUUUAGAGGUUACAUGACCAAAAGAUUGUACUCUUCUGUGUGCAGAGCAGCGGUGGUCCUCCAAACGAGAUAUCGUGCAAACAAGCUUGCUCAAGUUGUCCAGAAUGAAUACCAUAUCACUCGAGGGGCAGCCAUCACAUUGCAAGCUGCCUAUCGUGGCCAUCUUCAGCGCAAGUACCUUGCCCUACAGCACUUUUCAGCUACUAAGAUUCAAGCAUUGUUCAGAGGAUUUGUUGCAAGAAAGAACUACUUGAAAAUGUGCCAUGCUGCCAAGGUUCUGCAGAAGCACUUCAGGGCUUUGAAACUGAGUAGGAAAGCACAGCAUGAGUACCACAUAAUGGUUGGUGCUAUUGUCACCAUUCAAGCAGCUUUCAGGGGACAUGUUGCAAGGCAAGAGCUCUGUAGACAGCAUCAAAUGGCAACGAGAAUCGAAGCUUGUUUCAGGGGAUAUGUCCAGCGCAUCAGGUACCAGAAGAUAUCCAAUGCUGCUCUUGUUCUUCAAAGGCGCUUCAGAGCUGUACUUCUUGGACAGAGGAUCCGAGAGCAUUACAUCCUCUGCCAAUCCUCUGCCAUCAAGAUUCAGGCAUUCUAUCGCUGCCAUAGAGAGAGGAAGGCCCAUACCACCAAGAAGCAAUCUGCAGUGAAAAUCCAAGCAGUAGUCAGGGGAUUCCUUGGGUUUACCCAUUCCAAGAGGUUUAGGCAGGAGAGGACAAUCGCAGCAAUGGCUAUCCAGAGGCGAUGGAGGGCUAAUGAUCUCAGGGACCAGCAAGUGAGGUGUUACAACAUCCAGAGAGGUGCUGCCAUCACUAUUCAAGCUGCAGCGAGGACUUUCUUAGUCCGUCAAUCUAUCAAGAAACAGCACAGAGCAGCCACCAGCAUUCAGUCCUUCUACAGAUGCCACAGAGGUGUCCAGAGUUACAGGAAAACCUUGAAUGCCGUUCGUGUUUUGCAGGAUCACUUGAGGGCACACCUCCUAGCUAAGAAAGUCCAGGAAGAAUAUGUCUGCCUCAGGGAGGCAGCUACAACUGUCCAAGCAUUCUACCGUGGUCAUUGCAUUCGCAGGAGGAUCGCUAUGGAGCAUGCUGCAGCAACAACGAUUGAAUCAGCUGUGCGACAAUUCAUUGCCAGGAAACAUUAUUUGAAUCUGAAGAAAGCAGCUAUCGUACUUCAAAGAAGAUUUAGGGCCACAAAGUCUUGCCAGGAAGAAUCUUUGAAAUACCACAUCACCAGAGGUGCCUGUAUUACUCUCCAAGCAGCUGUCAGGGGCUUCCUUGUCAGGAAAGCCUUAAAGAAAUCCAACCGUGCAGCCACAGUCAUCCAAAGCGCUUACCGUAGCUUCAGGCAACAACAGAAGUACAACCAAGAGAGGAUUAUGAUCAUCCUGCUUCAGACAAGGAUUAGAGCUUACCUUGUGGGGAAGAAGGUCUGCCAGGAGUUUGAUGAUUUGAAAUCUGCAACCGUGGUUGUUCAGAGUAUGUACCGUGGCCUGAUGGCAAGGCGAUUGGCUGCGCAGCAUCGGGCAGCUCGUUGCAUUCAAUCCACAUUCAGGAUGCAUCGAAGUAGGCAAAUGUACCUGAAGCAGCGUAGCGCUGCUGUCAGAAUCCAGGCUCUUUGCAGGAUGUACCUAGCGAAGAAGUCAUACAAAAAGGUAUAUUCUGCCGUCUGUAUUCUUCAGAAGCACUCAAGAGGGUACCUGGAAAUGAGGAAGGUGAGGAGACUUUAUGAACAAAAGAAGAACUCUGCUAUCAUUAUUCAGUCACACCUACGCCGCUGCAUCGCAGAGAGGAGGUACCGUAAGCACCGGCAAGCUGCCAUCUGCAUCCAGUCCUACUAUAGGCGCGUGGUGCAACGCCGGAGAUACAAAACCAUCAGGGAUGCAGUCCUUGUAAUCCAGAGGCGUUACCGCGCCACCACCCUCAUGCAGGAAACCCAGCAGGAGUACCACAUGGCCCGUGGUGCUGCUCUGACCAUUCAGGCGGUGUUCAGAGGGUACAUGCAGUGCUGUAGGUAUAGGAAACUGCGGUACCAUGUGAUCGAGAUGCAGGCAAGAGCUCGAGGUGCCAAGGCUAGGCGGUGCUUUGCUGGCAUGGUGAGGGAGAAGGAAGCAGCUGUGUGCAUCCAGCGCCACUUCAGAGGAUACCAAACCAGGAAACUCCUUGAGGCUCAACGUCAAUCAAGGCUUCGAGCCGUCCAAGCCUUUGCGAAACGCACCAAAGCCCACCUGUCUGUCAUUCGACUCCAGAGGGCGUUCCGUAACUUCCGCCUCCGCCGUGCCUUCAAGCAGAAGAUGGACGCCAUCACGACGAUCCAGAGCUGGAUGAGAGCGAAGCUCCAGCGUCUGCGGUUCCAGAAGAUCAGAGCUGCGACAUGUAUCCUGCAAAGGGCAGCGAGGAGGUAUCUCAUCAAGAAGAAUGUUGCUGCUACCCGGCUUCAGUCCAUUGCUAGGGUUUGGCUUGCUAAGCGACGGAUCCAGAAGAUGCACUCGGCUGCACUAAAAAUGCAGGCUUUGUGGCGAGGUCAUCGGGUCAGGUGCAGUAUCAAGAGUAAGAAGGUCAGCGCGGCCAGGGCACGAUGCCGACGAGCCAAUCAGAACGUCACGGAGGAGAAGAAACUCUGCAACCGAACUGCCACCGCCCUGGAUUACCUACUCCAUUACAAGAGUAUGCACCGUAUCUUAGAAACGCUCAUUAGUCUUGAGGUUGUAUCUCGGCUAUCAGCCAUCUGUUGUCAGCGCCUGGUUGAAGCCGGUGCCGUCCCGGUCCUCUACACGCUGAUACGGGGAUGUAACCGUAGUGUGCCGUGUAUGGAGAUGAUUGAGAUCAUCGUCAAGAUCUUCCUGAACAUCACAAAGCACGACUCUACCCAGCAUGCCGUGCUCGAUGUGGAGGACUCCGUCACCACCUUGGUAGAGCUCCUUCAGAUCUAUCGUGAGAAGAACGCCCUCAUCUUCUGCAAGACCUGCGUCAUUCUCGGCAAGCUGCUUCAGGAACCCUCACAAGCAAAGAUCAUCCUGUCAUACCCCAAGACCAAGGAGAAAAUCACGUCGCUGCACAAGCUGACCUCUCGCAAGCAUGCCAUCGACGAACGCCGCAUCAAGACCAAGUCCCUCAACGCCUCUUCUUCCUUCCUCGGCACGUCCUUCAACACCAGCUCUGUCGCGUCGGCUUCGUUUGCCGCGGGAACUCCCCGCAAGCGUCGCCGGGUGCUCGCCCUGGCCGGUGCGGAGUGGAACAUCGAGAAUCCCAUGAGGGCGAUAGACUUCUUGAAGCUCAUGGCUGACAGAGUCUGAAGAAUUUUUUAGCUUAAUCGGACUCACAGCUUGAACUUUUUUAUCUUUCAAUGCUCAUAUCUUGAACUUAUAGAAUCAUAUCAAGAUUUAUUCACUCUCAAAUCAUCUCGAAUCAAAAUUUGAAUUGUCGAAAAUGUACUCUUUUUGAAAAAUUCUUCAUGAAUAUACUUAUAAAGAGGGUUCGCAAUUGUUUGGCUGGAACGUGUAUUUGUAAUACUAAUUUCUAGUGUAUAUUUUUGUAAUAAGUAAAUUCCCUACGUAUAAAACCUAUGUUGGGUAUGACCUUGGCUAUGAAUAAUAGUUACGUCUUGACUUUGGUGUUGUUGUAAACUCUAAAUGAUAUUUCAUAUUGACUGUACACGUUUGAUAAAAACUAAACUGCGCUGGUUCAUCUUAUUGAGCUUCCAAACAUUUUGCUAUCCGAGUACUUGUAAACUUUCAAUAACAAUUUGUGUAUGUGAUGUGCCUUUAAAUGUAUUACCCCCCCCAUCUUGUUUCAAUAGAUCAUUAAUAUCUUCAUGUAGAAGCAAUAAGUGAUUAUCAGUGGCAGAUCCAAGUGGGGGCAAGGGACAUGUGCCCCUCUUUAUCUUGAGAAUAACAUAUUCCUAUCAAUAGAGCUUAAUCAAAGAAAAUUAUAUAUAUAACUGUUAUUGUAAAUUUGUUAUUGAUACUAGUUUUAUGAAACGGACCCCUGGACUGUUUCAAAGUAGCAAGUUGUGGGUAUUUUAUUCAAAUGCCCAAUCUAAAUGAAUUGUAUUUGUUUUAUAAGAGAGUGAUGUGGAUCCUUGUUAUUUGAUAGACCAUGCUCAUCUCAAAACCAUGACUAGUCAAUAGAACUAGUCAUUAGUACCAGUCAAUAGCAAAUUUUCCUAAUAUAAACUAUUGACUGGUCAUGUGAUAGAUUUCAGCCAAUCAAUGAUCAGGAUCUUUAUCACCAUUUAAUAAUAACUUGUAUUGUCCAUAUUGAUUAUGCAUUGGAAACAAUCAAUGAAUUUUUAUAUUAAAAAGAUUGCCUUUUUGUUUAAUUCUGGACACCUGAGAUAAUGUCUUCUGAUUUAAUUUGUAGAAGACAGGAAAUUGAAGUUUCUCAGAAUGAUGUAAAUUAAUGUACAUCAAACUUUGUAAAUAAAAUCAUUUGAUUCCAAUACAA